GGUUUUGAGGACCCCAAGGACAAGAAUACACAGGAAAGUAUGAACCCAGAAGAUGAAGUGGAUGAGUUUCUGGGCCGUGCCAUCGACGCCAGAAGUAUUGACCGGUUACGCUCUGAGCACGUGCGCAAGUUCCUCUUAACAUUCAGGGAGCCUGACUUGGAGAAAAAGUACUCCAAGCAGGUGGAUGACAGGUUCGGAGCCUACGUGGCUUGUGCCUCCCUAGUCUUCCUCUUCAUCUGCUUUGUUCAGAUUGUAAUCGUGCCACACUCUACAUUUAUGCUGGGUUUUUACCUGACCUGUUUCCUGAUCCUGACCACAGUGGUGUUUGUUUCAGUCAUUUACUCCUGUGUUAAGCUUUUUCCAGAUCCACUCCAGACUCUUUCUAGGAAGAUUGUACGGUCCAGGACCAAUAGUACCUUAGUUGGAGUCUUUGCUAUUAUCCUGGUUUUUCUGUCUGCCUUUGUCAACAUGUUCAUGUGCAGCACUGUGGAUCUUGCCAGCUGCAUGGCUGCAGAAUACAACAUCACCCCUGACCAGGUGGAUAUAUGCCUUAUCAGCAACCUAACUUCCAACUACAGCCUGGGCACCUUGCAGGGAUUCUGUGACAGUCCUUUGCCCAACUGCAACUUUCCAGAGUACUUUACCUACAGUGUCUUAUUGAGUCUCCUGGCCUGCUCUGUGUUCCUUCAGAUCAGCUGCAUUGGAAAACUGAUCCUUAUGUUAAUCAUUGAAUUUAUAUAUGUUCUCGUUGUGGAAGUGCCAGGGGUCAACCUUUUUGACAAUGCAGAUCUCCUGGUUACAGCUAACACCUACGUCUCUGCGAAUGCAACGUUAUCAUGCUCUCCACCAAUGACACGAGUCGCGCUGAAGAUUGUGACCCCUGUCAUCAUCUCUGUCUUUGUCCUGGCACUGUACUUGCAUGCCCAGCAAGUGGAAUCCACUGCACGGCUUGAUUUCCUCUGGAAACUCCAGGCCACUGAGGAGAAAGAAGAGAUGGAGGAGCUGCAGGCCUAUAACAGACGCCUCCUCCACAACAUCCUGCCCAAGGACGUGGCAGCCCAUUUCCUGGCCCAGGAGCGGCGGAACGACGAGCUGUACUACCAGUCCUGUGAGUGCGUGGCUGUCAUGUUCGCCUCCAUUAGCAACUUCUCCGAGUUCUACGUGGAGCUGGAGGCCAACAACGAGGGCGUGGAGUGUCUGAGACUGCUCAACGAGAUCAUUGCUGAUUUUGAUGAAAUAAUAAGUGAAGACCAGUUUCGGCAGCUGGAGAAGAUCAAGACCAUUGGCAGUACGUACAUGGCUGCGUCGGGCCUCAACGAUUCCACUUACGACAAGGAAGGGAAAACACAUAUCAAAGCUCUGGCUGAUUUUGCCAUGAGGUUAAUGGACCAAAUGAAAUACAUUAAUGAACAUUCAUUCAACAACUUCCAGAUGAAGAUAGGCCUCAAUAUUGGUCCUGUUGUAGCUGGGGUGAUAGGGGCACGCAAACCCCAGUAUGACAUAUGGGGCAACACGGUGAAUGUGGCCAGCCGCAUGGACAGCACGGGCGUGCCUGACAGGAUUCAGGUAACCACAGACAUGUACCAGGUUUUAGCAGCCAACAACUAUCAGCUGGAAUACCGAGGGGUCAUUAAGGUCAAAGGCAAAGGAGAAAUGACCACUUACUUUCUAAAUGAAGGGCCUCCAAUUAGUUAG